GAGAACAAGUUUACAGACUUGUGUUUGAGAGCCGAGAGGAUCUGAGCUGCUCUGAGCGGACACAAACCAGAGGCACCUGCGCACACUUGCUGCUCCAGGCAGAACUUUCCGACCUCUUUGACUUUUUUUUUUCUUAGAGAGGGUUUGUGAACUUUUAUUUAUUUAUUUUUUUCAUGUGCGUGUGAGAGAUCUACAGAAGUCGUCUUAAUGUAUAACAUGAUGGAAACCGAGAUCAAGACCCCGCUCCCGCAGUCCAACUCGGGCUCGGCGCCGGGCGCAAAGAACAGCAGUGCCAGCGACCAGGAGCGGGUGAAGAGGCCGAUGAACGCUUUCAUGGUCUGGUCCCGGGGACAGAGAAGGAAGAUGGCCCAAGAAAACCCCAAAAUGCACAACUCUGAAAUCAGCAAGCGGCUUGGCGCAGACUGGAAACUUCUGACAGACGCCGAAAAAAGGCCGUUCAUUGACGAGGCCAAGCGUUUACGCGCAAUGCACAUGAAGGAACACCCGGAUUAUAAAUACCGGCCCCGCAGGAAGACCAAGACCUUGCUCAAGAAAGACAAGUAUUCUCUGCCUGGAGGGCUGCUGGCGCCAGGAGCCAACCCCGUCAACAACUCUGUGUCGGUGGGCCAGCGGAUGGACGGUUACGCGCACAUGAACGGCUGGACGAACAGCGCGUAUUCCCUGAUGCAGGACCAGCUGGCCUACCCUCAGCAUCACAGCAUGAACAGCCCGCAGAUCCAACAGAUGCACCGGUACGAAAUGGCCGGCCUUCAGUACCCGAUGAUGUCCUCGGCGCAGACCUACAUGAACGCGGCGUCCACCUACAGCAUGUCUCCAGCUUACACGCAGCAGAGCAGCAGCGCCAUGGGGCUGAGCUCCAUGGCGUCCGUGUGCAAGACGGAACCCAGCUCACCCCCGCCGGCCAUCACGUCCCACUCUCAGCGGGCGUGUUUGGGGGACCUGAGGGACAUGAUCAGCAUGUACCUGCCCCCCGGCGGGGACAGCGCAGAGCAUUCCUCCCUGCAGAGCAGCCGGUUACACAGCGUCCAUCCACACUAUCAGAGCGCAGGGACUGGCGUCAACGGGACGCUACCUCUCACCCACAUCUGAAGAAAAAAAAAAAAAAUAAUUAAUAGACUUUCAAAAUGUUCUUCGGAUACUUGAACUUUUCUCGGUUGCUGCAGCGAAACGUUCAGCAGAUUCGUUCAAGAACAAUUUGAUCUGAAAUCCCUGACGCGUCCGUUUGAUGAACUUUAAAUGGACCGAAACUGAACGCUGAGCCCAACUCCACAGAGGCUUUUUUUUGUUUUUCAUCACAAAGUAGAAGCAAUCAACAUGUGUAGAAGAAUUGGACUUCUAUAUUUUAAAUAAAUGCCAUAUUUUCUCGCUUUGAAAAAAGGCAUGUGGACUCAUGAAGGGGCUGGUGUAUUUCAGAAAAUAAGUUGGAUGGACACUCUGUUCAUAAAUGUUUACACUUAAUUUGUAGGAUGUCAGUCGUCUCCACUGUGUUCACAGCCUUUGUAGAUUCCCCUUUUUUUUCUUUUAUUUUUUAUUUCUUCCCCAACAUGAACUAGGUUAAAUAAAAUGUUAAAACUGUGCCGGUCGCAAACGCAAGUUUUAUUUAUAGCAAUUUUUUUUUUUUUUUCCUUUAAUAGCUUGUGCAACCAGAUGUUUUGUCAUGUGAAAAUAUUCAACAUUUUUUUUGUAAAUCUGUUUUUGUUCUGUGAUGUUCUUUUUUUUGACAGAGUCAUGUUUACUCAUUUAUCCUGAACGAAAAAAAAGGUUUAUUUAAACUGACGUUUCUACGUAUUUUAAGACCAUCCUCUAUUCUUAAAUGCUGAAUAAAUUUUUAAGAAACGUAA